UUUAUUUUGAAAGACCGCCCCCUUCUUGUGCCUCACUCGCUUGUCUUUAGCCAUGUUAUUGUUUUCCUCUGCAUUUUUUAGCGAACAGGCUAAUUUUAAACUUGAUUUUAUAAAAAUGGAUCCCUCGCCGUGCCAUAACUGACAGGAAACUUUCAGAAUGAAUGACAUGAACCUUAGCCCUGUGGGCAUGGACCAACUCAGUGUACCGUCUGUCAGUGCCAGUCAUCUUGGUCUUCCUACCUCACCUACUCACAACCCCAUCGCCACCCCAGGCAUGCCUGUUGCCAUACCAAGCUUGGGUCCAUCACUUGGACCACUGCCCUCAGCCCUGUCACUCAUGCUACCCAUGGGGCCGUUAGGAGACAGAGGAGUCAUGUGUGGCCUUCCAGAGCGGAACUAUACACUACCCCCUCCUCCGUACCCACAUCUGGAGAGUAGCUACUUUCGACACAUCCUUCCAGGUAUUUUGUCAUAUCUGGCAGAUCGUCCUCCACCGCAGUACAUCCACCCCAGCAGCCUUAACAUGGACGGCACUCUGUCUGUACCCAACAAUAACCCCUCCGGCCUAGACCCGUACAGCGGCCCGGGAGGACCUCUGGAGCAAGGAAUGGUGUCCAUAGACUCGCGGCAGGUCGGUGGCCAGGCAGACCUGCACCAGGCUGGUGCUCACGAGGUUCAGCUGGACACCACUGGACUCGCAAUGGAGUCACGCGUCAACAGCCCCAUGUCCCCUGAUGGUAUGGGAGAAGAGCUGGCCACCAUGGAAGGUGUGGUGGUGGCGGAGACGCAGCAGCAGUUAGGGGGGAGGACUCAGACCCAUGAGGGCCUGGCCGGAGUGGACUCCUCGGGGGGAGUCAUACCACUGCAUGGCCCUGGGCUGGAGCUGCCGGUUGUGAUGGAACAGGAGCACAUGAGCGGAAGGGUGGGGAACAGCUCAGCAGGGGCUGGAGGUCCGGGGGCUCUGAGUGAAGCCUUGCACUCUAGUGGAGAGCUGACCGCUGGGGUGGUCAGUGUGGUGCUCACUGAAGCCAUGGCACCCCAGACUCAGCUGGAGCCUGUAUCUCUACAUGGACCUUCAGGCAUGGGGCUGGAGCCUGUAAACGUGUCCCCCAUUACUGCAGAGGUGUCUUUGGGGCCAGACAAUAGCUUGGUGCUGGUUAACUCAACCCUACAGUUGGAGGACUCCACUUCAAAUAAGGAGAACAUAACCACUGCAUUCACUAUUUGGUGCACUUUAUGUGAGCGCUCUUACAGCUCGAGCUGUCCCGAGCACGGACCCGUCACCUUCAUCCCAGACACGCCCAUUCAGAGCAGGGCCCGCCUUUCAUUGCCCCGCCCACUGUGCCUCCGCGUAUCUGUGGCCGACGAACCCAGCGGUGUAUUUGCACGAGAGACCAUCCCCACCAGGACCUGCUUCGGACCAAUGGUUGGGCAGCACUGUAGCAGUGUGGAGCUUCCAGACUGGCCUGACAAGGACACCCCUCAGCUGUGGAAGAUGUUCCACAAUGAUAUCCUAGAGUUCUGUAUAGUGACGACGGAUGAACAUGAAUGCAACUGGAUGAUGUUCGUGAGAAAAGCCAGGAGCACAGAGGAGCAGAAUUUGGUGGCGUAUAUUGACAAUGGGAAGCUUUACUUCUGCACGUCCAGAGAGAUUCUCCCAGAGCAAGAGCUGCUGUUCUACUACAGCAGAGAUUACAGCAGACUGCUCGGUGUACCCCAAGUACCAGAAGGCCAAAUUUGCCACUGUGGAAAAGAAUGCGCCUCUUUCCCCGAGUUAAAAUCUCAUCUCAGCAGUCACGCCCACAGUCAAAGUCCAACCCACGAAGACCCCACCCGCGCUGUCCACAGUCAGCCCCACCCUCAGGAGAAGCUGGCCAGUGAGGCACCCAGCCCCACCUCCUCCCCGUCCUGGCAGUGCCACUCCCACGGCGAUGGGCAGGCCGACAGCAACGGGCACCGCCACGGCAGGGAGAAGAAGUUCAAGUGCAACAUGUGUUCACGAGCGUUCACCACGUCCACCAAGCUGAACGUGCACUUCAUGGGUCACAUGGGCGUCAGGCCACACAAGUGCAGCUACUGCAGCAAAGCCUUCAGUGACCCGAGCAACCUGAGGAUGCAUCUGAGGAUCCACACAGGUCAGAAGAACUUCAGGUGCACCGUGUGUGGUAAGUCUUUUACCCAGAAAGCCCACGUAGAGUCUCAUAUGGUCAUUCACACGGGCGCCAAGAACAUCAAGUGUGACCACUGUGACAAGACGUUCAACAGGAAACAGGACCUUAAGCAGCACAUGUACUCACACUCGCUAGACCGCCAGAUUACCUGCCCGAAGUGCGACAAGCAGUUCCUCAAGACCGAUCACCUGAAGAAGCACCUGAACUCCCACGACGGGAAAAGGGACUUCAUCUGUGAAAAAUGCAAUAAGGGCUUCCUCACGAAAUACCAUCUUACACGACACCUCAAAAUCUGCAAGGGCCCAAAGACAGGCAGGGGGGCCGCCCAUGAAGAGGAAGGGGAGGAGGAAGAGGAAGACGAGGAAGACGAAGAAGAGGAGGAAAGGAGUGCCAGGGGACCAGAUGAGAGAGAAGAGUGUGGUGUUGGGAUGGCAGGGUACUCCCCUGAUAAGACUCUGUAACCUCUGACUGUGAUCUGCCUCGCUUAUCAUAUUUAUUUAACCCUUUCUUCUUUCAUCGUACUCUUUUGGUGUUGCCAAAAUUCUGUUCACAAGCUAUUUUUAUUUUUCAGUACAUAAAAUCGUCAUGAUUCACAUCACAACAAAAUCUUGCCAGAUGAAACUGUGAGUAAAGUCGUAAUUAAAAAUGAUAAAAAUGGUAUUAAAUAGUAUAUAAUAUUUUCAUAUUGAAAUAAUUGGUCAGAAAAUAAUGGAACAGUAACUGAAAUGCUGCCUCCUUUUUGUGCUAACGUUCCUUUAUAGAUUAGGUACUUAAUGAACUCACAAAGUACCUUCAUACUUCUCUGCCUUGUUGUUAUUUAU